GCCAGAAUCAAACCCAGUGCAGCUGCCGGUUUGUUUUUCUGCGCCUUUAAUUUACUGUCUACAGCUGCGGAAAUACAGUUUCUUCUCGUAUCUUUAAACUAAACUUUCACACACGUUCGCGUAUUACGACGGCAAAAAGCACGCGCCUAUGCUAAGCUAACAAGGCUAACGGUCGGAGCUCUGUGGUUGAUGCUAACGCGGUAACGUUAGCUCCACAGACCGCAGUGUUUCCUGUGACUGUUAGCCGCUAACGGGUCACAUCUGCCGGCCACAGCUAGGAUGAGCUGCCCGGUGAACCUCUGCGCUCUGCCGUCCGGCGUUUUCCAGGAGGUCUUUACACCGGAGAAUGUCCGGGGAAGGAACUUUCCAAACUCUCCUACUCUGACGUUCCCUAAAUCCAGAUGUGCUCUGUGGGAUGGCAGCCCGACGGGACCCAAGCUCCGCCUCCACCUCUGUGCUCACAGGAAGCCUCGGCUGAAGCUGUUGGACAAAGCCCUGCGUCUGGCACAGCGACACGCCCGCUACAGCAACAAGCCCCGCCUCCACUGCUUCUUCCUGGGCUCUCUGUCUGUGGACACAGAUGAGGAGGGCGUGACGCUGACUCUGGACCGGUUCGACCCAGGUCGGGAUCAGGGUGGUUCCUGUGGAAGGGUUCCCUCCACUGUGCUUCCUGGAGACGUUCUGGUUCCAUGUGUGUUUUCCACAGAUGCACCUUCGGACCCUGUCAUCCAAUCAGAGGCUGACUUCCACCAGACGUUUAAGGUCUUACAUCAGUCCAUCAGUGGCAGACCUCCUCUGGACCUGUGUCAUCUGUUAAAGGUCAAAGGUCAUGUGGUCCAUUCUCAGUCUUCUGAUGCUGCGUCCUUCAGUCUCAGCUGGUUGGCCGUCUGUCCGUCCGUCACCGUGGACGUCCAGCCCAUCAGAGCCGUCCCUGUCAUCCCCACGGCGCUGCUGCGGAGCCUCACCAACGCCGUCCGACCACCGCCACACAGCGGAGGACGACAGAGAGGGUUUGUGACCAUGGAUCAGAACAGAAAGCUGCUGCUGCUGCUGGAGUCCGACCCCAAAGCCUGCACCCUGCCACUGGUUGGACUCUGGAUCAGUGGGGUCACUCAUGUCCACAGUCCUCAGGUCUGGUCCUGGUGUCUCAGGUUCUUGUUCAGCAGCAUCCUCCAGGACAGGGUUCUGUCGGACAGCGGCUGCUUCCUCCUGGUUCUGUUGGCCUGCACCCACAGAACCCCCCAGUUCUUCCAGUGUCGAGGAUCUGGACCGGCCCAUGUGGACUUCCAGGUUCUGACGGCAUCCCAGUCCACCACUCUGUACCAGGUGGCGCCGGUGGACAGUCUGAGUGUUCAGUGUGAGCUGGGCUCAGAUGGACACAGCAGACAGAUGGAGGUGUUCAGACAUGCUCAGAGCUCCUUCAACAGCGUUCACCCUCCGGCUGCCGCUCUGUCCGUCAGCGAUCAGGACUCUGGGGUUGAAGAUGAAGACCUGUCCCCCCGCCCCUCCCCCAGUCCACACCCCCCAGCUCAGCAGGUUCGUCGAGUUCAGCCGUCUGUUCCUGAACUGUCUUUGCUGAUUGACAGCAGCUUCACCUCAACUCAGAACCCUGGCCCCGCCCACAGACCGCCUCCACCUACCACUGACAGAAAGUGUGCUCCUCCUCCUUCCACCUCCUCUUCAGCUCCUCCUGUUCACCUCCACAGUACGCCCAACUCCAACCUGCAGCAGCCCUGCUCCUGCUGCACCUCCUACAACUGCACCACCAUCUGCUCCUCCCCCAGCCCCCACCAGCCUGCUCCUCCUCCUUCUAACCUCCAUCCUCCUUCUAACCUCCAUCCUCCUCCUAACCUCCACCCUCCUCCUUCUAACCUCCACCCUCCUUCUAACCUCCACCCUCCUUCUAACCUCCAUCCUCCUCCUAACCUCCACCCUCCUCCUUCUAACCUCCACCCUCCUUCUAACCUCCAUCCUCCUUCUAACCUCCACCCUCCUCCCCCUAACCUCCACCCUCCUCCCUCUAACCUCCAUCCUCCUCCUCCUAACCUCCAUCCUCCUCCUCCUAACCUCCACCCUCUUUCUGACCUUCAUCCUCCUCCUAACCUCCAUCCUCCUUCUAACCCCCACCCUCCUCCUCCUAACCUUCAUCCUCCUCCUCCUAACCUCCACCCUCCUCCUUCUAACCUCCAUCCUCCUAACCUCCAUUCUCCUCCUCCUAACCUCCAUCCUUCUCCUUCUGUACCUCCUCUUUCCCCCCACCACCCUCCUGCUCCCUCUCCUCCCUCCGCCCUCCCUGCUCCUCCUCCUCUGGUCCCGUGGUGCCUGGACUCCACCCCUUCGUCUGCAGACCCUGCGCACCCCCCCUGGCCCCCCCGUCCCUCUUGUCCUAGGCCUUGUUGUGAACAGCAGGUCUCUGUGGUCCCAUUGGACGCCUACCAGCUCUUUCUCCAUCAGGACCACCAGCUCCGCCUCCUCCAGACUCAGGUUCAGAUGCUCCUGGAGGCUCAGGGGAAGCUUCAGUCCUCCGGCCCAUGGGUGGACGCUCACAUGUUGACCAGGAGCACCGCCAGCGUGGCCGUGGGAACAGGUGCCAGUCUGCUCUCCGUCCAUCCUUCACCUCCCCUCCCCCAUCGGGAUGUUCAGGCUCCGCCCUCCGCUUCACUCACCCCUCCCCCUUCACCCACACCCUGCCCCUCCGCCCCCAGCCCCCCCCCAGCCUCCAGAUGUUCUUUACAUGACCGUCCUGUGGUGGAGGCUCAGAAUGAGGACGUCCUAGUGCACGAGGAUCCACAGUGUCCUCCAGACCAGCACAGUCUCAGUGGUCUGCACAGUCCUGUUCUGGGGGAGAGUGUCAGCAUGUUCAGUCCUGAUCCAGACCAGCACCGCUUCUACCACAACCUGAUGACUCAGCUGACCAGUCGUCUUCAGGAAUCGGAAAACAGGCAGGAAGUGAAAGAGGAGGAGUCGUCAUCGGGGAGGAGGAGUCCAUGCGUUCUCCCGGACCGCCCCUGGCCCUGCCCCGCCCCCUGCCCAGACCCAGUGGUUAGUGCGACUCUACAGCGUCUGCGGCAGCUGGGAGUGGAUGUGGACGAAGACCAGCUGAGCGAGAAGGACAGAAGCAGACACCGAACUGUGGAGAGUACCAGUACUCUGGCGUCCAUCGACCCGGGGGCGGUGGCGGCUCUGUCCAGACUGAGCGUGUGCGAGCCGGGGGUCAGUGCCCUGUUCCCCAGCGGCAGCGUGGACCUGAGCCUAGAGGCCAACGCCAUCGCCCUGCGCUACCUGAGCGACGCCCACCUCAGCAGGCUGUCACUAGGAGGCCACGUCCCAAAACUGGGCCCCGCCUCCUCGUCCUCCGCAGGUUCCCUCCUGUCGCCUAGCAACAUGUCUGUGGCCACCAGGAAGUACAUGAGGAGGUACGGACUGAUCGAGGACCCAGAGCGGGAGGAGCUUCAGGAGGGGGAGGAGCCUCAGGGGGCAGCAGUUCGGCAGCCGCUGACUGAAACUCAGAACACCAAGCUCCUCCCACAGAGUCAGCUGAUUCGAGACCUGCGGCCGAAGAUGCAGCUUUUAUCCAGAGCCUCCGAACGGAACGGCAGCGAGGACAAAGAGAACCGACGACGGAGGACGGACGGGUCUGUGGGAAACAUCCUGGACCUGAGCCGACUGAGACGGCUGCCCAAACUUUUCUGAAACAUCCUGGACCUGAGCCGACUGAGACGGCUGCCCAAACUGUUCUGAAACAUCCUGGACCUGAGCCGACUGAGACGGCUGCCCAAACUGUUCUGAAACAUCCUGGACCUGAGCCGACUGAGACGGCUGCCCAAACUGUUCUGAAACAUCCUGGACCUGAGCCGACUGAGACGGCUGCCCAAACUGUUCUGAAACAUCCUGGACCUGAGCCGACUGAGACGGCUGCCCAAACUGUUCUGAAACAUCCUGGACCUGAGCCGACUGAGACGGCUGCCCAAACUGUUCUGAAGACUGGACCCGGAUCAGCUGACCGUCCUGUUUCAGCUGUAAAUCUGCUUUAUUUUGACUGUUUGACUGGUUUCAGCAGACAACG